AUGGUGGCAAUUUUGCGCACUAUAAUGCCCAACGGUGAGUCUGUAGAGUUGGCCAAGUGCAAAGGCAAAGGAGAAAUCUACUGGCCCUUCAUCAGACUGGAUCCACAAACACAAAAAAAGACAUCUUCUGGGUACAUGAGUACAAGAGAAUUAAACGUAACAAGUGCCCGAUCCAUGUUUAAAGGUGGGAAAGCUCACAAAUCCAACGCGUACAAAUCCAGUCGGUCUUUGCCAAAGAUCAAACCUGUUCAUGAAGCAAAGUUUUAUUCAAUCGAGGUGACAUGCCCAUCGGGAUGGGCACUAUCACUGGCCCAGUGGAAACGAGUGGAUGAAGUUAUUAACUCUAUGGAGUUUAAUAAAGUUGAACACCUGCAGAUACAAAAGAAAGUUGUUAAGGAAAAGGAGAAGGAGAAGCCUCCAAAAACAGCGUCAGGAAAGGAUAAGGAAAAGCUGUCUAUGCCCGUAAACUUCGCAGUGCAUCAGCCUCUACCUGGAGAUGCCUGUGUUGAGCUGGAGUGCGCUCUAGCAGUUGGGGGAGGAGUCGUCGCUAAGAGGGAUGAUGAAAGGGACCAGGAAUUUGCUAAUGCAAGAAAAUCAUGGGAUGCCACUGAACAUGGGAGAAAUGCAAGAGGGGCACAGAUUAGAAAAGAAUUUCGUGAAGAAUUUUUGGACAUGCCGCCGCCACCAGAGGUGUCAGAAAGCUCGAAAAGCGGUAGCACUUUUAGAAGUUAUAAUAUGGAUACGGACAGGAGUGAGGGUGUGUCUAAGGAUGGAUACGAGGGCUUGGAAGAAGAAGAAUUAAAGGAUUUCAAAGACGGUAUUCAUGGACAUGAACCUACGCCAGCGACCGAAAGUGGAAUGUUGGAGAUGUCUGUCGAGAUAGAAGAAGAAGCUGUGUACCUGACGAUGCCAGAGCAGUUGCGAGACAAAUUCAAACCACUACAUUUUCUACCAUUCUGCAUGAAAGAAAAACUAUCAUAUGAAGCUGUCCUAGUAACUUCAGAUAUGGCAAAAGCAGCUGCGAAAGAUAGACAAGCGCGCACGGAGGCUGCCUUGGAACGAAUGAAAGAGCUACAACUAUACAAUGAAGCACAUGUGCUGGGUAGACAGAAGGAUCGCUGUAAUGCGCUGGAAAAACUGUUUGUGGAUGCCACCAUGUGUCCUGAGUUAUUAGAAGUGAUGGAGCAAAGAGAAGACGCUAUGAAAGAAGAGGUUCUUGCUAGAACUGCAUCUGCCAACAAGAAGAAGAUGGAAGCGAAGAAGAUGGAAAUAAAGAAGACAGAAGUUAAAAAGACAGAAGGAAAGAGAAAGCAAUGA